CUAUUGCGAGAGCCGUCAAACCAAAGUCAAGACGAAGUCCGAGUCAAGGGAGAAAUGUUUGAUAAAUAAAUCGGAAUAUUGCCGUGUCUUAUUGAUUCUGGUUGUAUUUUCAAAAGAAGAAAGGAUGUCUUUUCGAUCAGGUACUCCGAGGGAUAAUGAAACCGGCGAGAAGGCACCACUUUUAAAUGGAACAGAGGGUAGAAAAGGAAGUGUGAGUUUACUACGAGAGAGUCCCAUCUCUGGGAGUAGUAAUCUCAGUGGAGCUAGUUUGACUGGGACAGAGAAGAAAAGAAGGAAACCGUUCCACCACACGUCUCGGUCGUCGAUCACUCAGCAAGGCAACAUACAAGCCCAGGAACCCGAGGAAGAAAAAGUAGCUGCUACUUACCAAAGAUAUCGUUACUACAGCAGGCUGGGACAAAAUAAUACUGACCAUUUUAGAAUCCCAGAUCACGUGCUUCCUUCCGAUUUGUUUCUUCUCAUCGUUCCUUUCAACCUUGUAAAGAAAGAUCCCGGUGCUAAACAGAGCAGCAUAAUUACAAUAUUUUCAAUAUGGAAUACAAUGAUGGGUACAUCACUACUCAGCAUGCCAUGGGCCUUACAGCAAGCUGGCUUUGCUAUGGGUCUAGUUCUAAUGCUGACCAUGGCUGCACUGGCUAUGUACACAUGCUACAGGGUCAUCCAGUCUGUAGAGAGACUCGAAUCCUCAGGUAAACUGAUAGAGUUUUCUGAUGUGUGCCGUGAUUACCUUGGUAGAUGGGGAGAGUACAUUAGUGUCUUCUUCUCCCUCUCAGCUCUCCUCGGCGCCAUGAUCGUGUACUGGGUCCUCAUGUCAAACUUCUUGUACAGUACUGUCACAUUUAUAUUUGAGGAGAUUAAAAAUGUAGCACCUACAUCAAAUGGCACAAACCACUGCCCCGGCUACCCUUCAGUGCUCUGUCCCGGCCACCACAUUAAUGACACGGGAUACCUCACGCUUGGAGAAAUCGACGACAAACCGUCCAAUUUCACACCAUCAGAAGUGAUAUUAUUUCACAAAGUCUGGACAGAGACUGGAACGGUGCCUCUUUUUCUCUGCAUUCUCAUCAUACCUCUUAUUCACAUAAAGUCACCAACAUUCUUUACUAAAUUCAAUUCACUUGGAACAUUGUCUGUAGCUUUCCUACUCAUAUAUAUCUGUGUUACAGCCAGCCAUUGGAAAAUCAAUGUCAAUUUUGAUUCUUCUGAUCACCAGAAUUACGUAGAAUUAUUUCAUUGGAGUUUCCCCUCUAUGUCUGGUAUGCUGGCGCUCGGGUAUUUCAUUCACAACGCUGUAUCUUCCAUCAUGCGCAAUCAGGCUCGCCCUGAGAAUAAUGGUCGUGACCUAACGAUAGCUUACUGUCUUGUGGCAGGAACCUAUACCUUUGUGGCUGUUAUAUUCUACAUAACUUUUCCCUGCCAAAAGUUCUGCAUUUCAGAUAAUUUCUUGAAGAACUUCAAGCAAGGGGAUGUCUUUGCCUUCACGGCCAGGCUGUUCCUGCUGUUCCAGAUGGUGACCCUCUUCCCUCUGUUAGUUUACAUCACCAGGGUCCAGCUGAUGGAUCAGCUCUUUGGCAAUGCUUAUCCAAGCUGGAAGCACAUGGUAGUAUAUAAUCUCAUCCUGGUGUGCAUAUGUUGUCUCUUUGCAAUCUUUAUGCCUCAUAUUGGAAAAAUUAUCAGGUACUCAGGGGCAUUCUGUGGCAUGGCCUACGUUUUCACUCUACCAGUGGUCGUCUAUCUUCUGUAUACCAAGAGACAGGGUAACCUACGCUGGUAUCACAUAGCAUUCCAUUCUCUCUUCGUCGUCGUAGGGGUUGCCAAUUUCAUCUCCCAAUUUCUUGUUGAAGAUUGACGAUUGCAAAGUGUACUUCCCAGAGGAGUUUAAUCUAUGAAGUUAAAUCAACAUGUAUGUACUUAAAUUGGUAACAUGAGAAAAGUAAUCUAUUGACCGGAUUUUUAUCGCCUGUGUGUACAUAUAAUGUACAUGUAAAAGAAAACAGACAUAUUGCCUCUCUUGAUCACUUAAAAUGAGAUGUGCAGGAAAUCAAGUGCUGUUGGAGUUCCACAAGGUUGCAUACUUGCACCUAGUUUCUUUUAGAGCAUCACAUACCACUGCAGCACAGCAUUAAACUGUGCAUGCACACAGGUCCAGUACAAAGAUUCAUCAACCUAGUGGCAUGUACUUAAUUUGUAAAAAAACAAAUCAUUUGUAACUCUGUCUUCCAGUGUCUUUUAUGCUUAUGUAAUACAAGUUAUGUCAUGAUCUUCACUACAUACUGUGGAUUUAUGACUUAAAGGUAUUGUUUAACUUUGUGAGCAGCAGAUUUAAAAAAUUCUCAAACCAAGAUGAAACAUGUGUACAAGUGCAUGUAUUAGAACUAAUAAACCCUGAAAACAACCAUUAUUGAGAAUGAAAAGCUAAAACUACAAGGCAAACCCCGAUUUUGUAAAUAGGCGUCUUAUAGACGCCUAAAUAGUACACAUAAGUGUAUGGGAUGAAGUUAAGAUGGUGUUUUCGGUCACUUUAUAUUUCAACUUUUGAAGCACUAAAUAAUUAUUUUCGAACGCAAUUUUUUCUGGGCUUCAUUUUUGUAACAUAUCACAGACACAGGUGACAAGUGUGACCUUCUAGCUCAGAUUUUUAAAAAGUCAAACCAAUGUUAACCAAUCACUUUAAGUGCAAAUACAAUGCUGAUAUGAAAGCUAAUUAGAUAUUAAAUCAUGCAAUGUUACCACAAGUAGUUGAAAUAUUAAGAGAUUAGUUACAAGAGGCACUUGUCUCUGAACAAAAACUCCUUACUUCACUUUUGAAAGCAACCAGGCAAAUAUACAUUUUCUAAUAUAACUUUUCAUUGUGCUAGUGCCCUUUGGCAAGGCAUUGAUCCUCAUUACCAGGUCCCUCAAAGAGGACCUUAAGCCGUUGGUCCUCUUGCUUACAAGCAUUCAUGUUUUCUUAGCAAUCAGGUAAAAUAAUCACCACCACCACACCUUCAGAAAAUAUGGUUAAGAAAAUAAUUUUGUUUUAUGUUAAAGGUUUAAUGGGGUACUUUUUUAACCGAGGUCCUCAUAAGCUAUAUUUCUGGGGGGUUUUUUAUUCACAAAGCCAAUAAUGGCAACUUGCUUUAGAUAUAAAUUUUUGUUACAUAAUGAUAAUGCUGACAAUGAAAUUUUAUGACAACAAUCUCUUCUAGAUUACCUAAAUUACAUAUUAAUGUGUUCUUAUUUUCUGCAUCAGGUGUACAUGAUAUUGGUAAAUUGAAUAAGUGUGUUCUCAGAUUCCAAACCAGUAUUACAUGAACCUGGUAUUCAGAGAAAAAAAGUCUAUCAAUUUAUACAGUGUAGACAUGUAGACAUAAAUACAUACUAAACCAACUUGAAGAGAUUUUAUUUUUCUUAAAUAUUUUGAGAAUAACCUCUUGAUGAUUUCCUGUGAAUUUGUACGUUUACUCUCAUUUUAUUUUAUUACAUUAGAAAGAGAAAACUUUAAAAUUAUCACAAUACUUUGCACAAAUUUUAGAGUGUCAAUGAUAUAAUGGGAUAUUUCACCCUGUUGUGUAUAUUAUGAUGUAUCACUGAUAUAUUCACACUGUUCAACUAAGCAAGGACUUUUGAUUGUUCUAAACUCUCUUUAUCGAAUCCCAAAUGCCUGUAUAUAUGUUUUUGCCAUAUCUUUUGCCUUAUAUUUGUAUGGGUACCAUUCUUUAGUUUAAUAUUUUAGUCUGGUAUGCGGGAUAUUUGAGUUCUUUGUAAGCUUAACAAUUGCAUGAUUUUGUAUACAUGCAAAAGGGUCUUCCAUAGUUAGGAUGUAAGAAUAAAUUUUGAUAUUUGAAUAACCUAUUAUUUUCAAGUGUUAGGAAAGUUUAAUAGCACUGAUGUCAUCUUGGUCUUAAUAAAAAAAAGUAGAAAAUGGGAGAAAGAUAUUACGAAGGUUGACAAAAAUCCAUUACAGAAAAACAGAUUAUCAAUUUUCAAAGUUGAUAUUUUGUGUUGGCUCUUGCGAGCAGCUCCCAUGAUAUCUUUAACAGUGUAAAUAAUUUCCUUUUGUUUAAAAAUGUAUAAUAUUAUAAUAAGGUGCUCAGAUUGUGUGUUUACUAAUACAUGUAUAGAAAAAAAACAAAGUGCAAUAAAAAAUUAAUAUUAUGUAUACCAUAACAAAAAUUAAACAGCUAUAUAGAAUUACAUUUUUUUUUUCUUUUUAGCAGGCUUUCAUCAGUAAAGUAACUUUGUUUGGGAAUAAAUUUAUAAAUCUGUUGUAGAAUGGAAAAUUUAAUUUUUCAUGCGCUAAUAAUAUUCUUUGAAGAAAUAUUGAAUAAUCUAAUGUACUUUUAAACCCACAUAAACAAAUUUUUUAUUUAUUCCCUUGUUAUGAAUUGAUUAAGUGUAAAAGAUUAAACAAAUUAAGCACUAAGUGGUAUCGUGAAGUGUUGAUUUCGAAAGUAAAUAGUUGUGAUAACAUAUCCUUAUUGAAUUGUCAUAUUACACUGUGUUUAAUGAUAGAUAACUCAUUAUCAGGACGAGCGCAUAACACAUUUUGAUGGUUUAAUCAUUUUCAAAGAAUUAUUAUUUGACUCGUCUCUCAUAUGCAAUUGCUAGUAUGCAUUGAAACACAACAAUUUCCCUGAAUAACAUACUUGUAUAUUAGGGCUUAUAAUUUGUUACUGAGAUGUGGAAGUGUGUGUCUACUCAAUAAUUUUUUUUUUUGCUAUAAAAUAGAAAAAAAAAUCUCAAUGAAUUCAUCUAGCAUUCUAUAGGGGAAUGUAAAGGCCACCGCACACCUUACAACUGGGCCAUGAUCCCAUUUUGGAACAAAUUGCAUUUUGCUCAUUUUCUGAAAAUGUGAAUGAAAAGUAUGUUUUUAUACAUGUAUGAGGUUGAAGUGAACUGAAACAAUACUAAUAUAACGAUUUCAGAUGAUUGCAAGCUUUUAUUUUGGACUGAAGGCCAAAUUAGUUUUAAAGCGUAGCCAAUUGUACGAUUGUAUUAUAAUCCGCUUUUAUUCUGAUAAGGAUGAUAGCAUAGUCACAGAUUUGAACAAAGGUAUUUUUAUGAUUAUUUAGAACAUUUCACAGUAAUAUAUUCCAUGUCUCAAUAUUAACCUCGAAUUCUAAUACGUUUUGUUCCAAAUUCGGGUCGCAGAUCAAUGGUAAAAUGUGCGGUGGCCUUAAGUUAUAUAGCGUACAGGCCCAUCUUUCAGUACUCAUGGCGUUUACUGUGAGCAUGUACGAUGCAUCAAGAUGUCUAAUUGCUUGUUGCUUUUAUGCUUAUAAAAUAGUAUAAAUGUAAUUUAUCCUGGAGUAUGUUCAUCUACUAGUGCUAGUAUUAUAUGAAUAUUAUCAUUUUCAUGUUGAAUAAUGAAACAGAUGU